CGCGUGCAGUGCGUAAAGAGUGCGUAAAGAGCCGCACAGAGACCCUCUCCACGGCCGGGAUUACCGCUUCCUCUCCGGCCGCUCAGACUCUCUCAAUGACUCUCGGUUCUUCUCCGUGAUUCUGUUCGCCAUGAGCUGCCUGGAUGUGAUGUACCAAGUGUUUGGACCUCAGCCUUAUUUCAGCUCCUACAGCCCCUAUCACCACCAGAAACUGGCCUUGUACACCAAAAUGCAAGACCCCCAGGACAGCCGCCUCGGCCCCCCCGCCAUCAAGGAGGAGGACAAGGAGCUUCCUCCGGGCGCCGAGUACCUGAGCUCGCGCUGCGUCCUCUUCACUUACUUCCAGGGAGACAUCAGCGCCGUGGUGGACGAACACUUCAGCCGAGCGCUCAGCCACACACCUGCAUACCCGGCCUCCAGCAGCCACAAGGCCGUAAGAGAUGGAUCAUUCCCGAUGAACCAGAGAAGCUUCCCUCCGUCCUUCUGGAACAGCUCCUACCAGCCGUCCUCCUCGCUGGGCAGUGCUCUCUCCUCUCCCCACUCAGAGCUCUCGUUCCCUGGGGACCCGUACGCCUCCUCCUCCUCCUCCUCCCUGCACAGCCACCUCCACCAGCCCAGCCCCGACUCCUGGCACCCGUCCCACCACCACCACCAUCACCACCACCACCCUUACUCACUAGGGGGCGCUAUAGGAAGCCAGGGAUCGGCGUACCCGCGUCCGGGGGUUCACGAGAUGUACAGCACGGCGUUCGAUCCUCGGUAUGGAUCCCUGUUGGUGCCGUCGGUGAGGAAUCAUCACCGCAUGGCGUCUGGAAGCUCGGUGCCCAGCGCCUCGCCCUGCGACCUGGGGGGGAAAGGAGAGUCAGGGACGAGUUCAUGGAGCGGUGCUUUCACUGGAGCCGGAGCGGAGAUCGGACUCAACAUGGACACAGCUGAGAGCCAGACAGCUGAGGAUUGAUAUCGACUUCUGACUUCUGCGAUGACGGACAUGAGAAAGAUGGAGAGGUUUCUCUGUUAUUCUCUCGAUGGGGGGGGAUACAAAACUGCAAUAAAUAGACAAAGAGGUAAUUAAGACGUGGAGCAUUGCUAAUUGUGUGAAGCACAAGGACAAGAGCACAGAGAAUGGAGGAAUGCUUUGAUUUACAAGUUUAUUUGAGCUAAUUAUUCCUGUAAUAAACUGUUUUACUUGGAUAGGUAAAGUGCAUUGUUCUCGUGCAUUUGGAUGAGUUUAUUCCUAGGAAUCUGGGAUCACUAGAUUUCAAAAUCAAUAAAACAGAGCUAGACUAUUAGUGGACAACAGAGUGGCAAAUAUGAAAACUGAACAUGAUAGGGAGCCUUAAAUGAACAGAUGUGAAUAAUAAAACGGUUAUUAUUAUCACUUCAAACUCACUUCUUCUCUCUGGCCUUCUAGUCAGAGCGGAGGACGACUUUUUAUUUUUGUUUUUAUUGUAAAGUGUUUUUAUUGUAGCACUUUGGCUCGACCAAAAAUCGUUUUAAAAAUGUGCUAUAUAAAUACAACUUGAUUUAUUAUUUAAUAUGUUUAAACUAUAAAUCAAAUGACUAAAUGCAACUCGAAAGGGCUCUCUUGAAGUGACAGACCCACAAAGAAAAGUCAUCAACCCU